UUUAUUUUUUUUUCUCUCCCAUCUCUCGCCUCCUGUCAGUGAGCCUCUAAAAAAAAAAAACCGCUUGCUGGCAGUUUUUUAAGCAUCUUGAUGAUGGCGGAGGACAGUGAGUCCGCGGCAAGCCAGCAGAGCCUGGAGCUGGACGACCAGGAUACGUGUGGGAUAGACGGAGACAACGAAGAGGAGAAUGAGCAUCUGCAGGGCAGUCCGGGGGGAGAGCUGGGAGCGAAGCGGAAGAAGAAGAAGCAGAAGAGGAAAAAAGAGAAGCCCAGCUCGGGCUCUGGAGCCAAAUCUGACUCUGCUUCUGACUCUCAGGAUAUCAAGAACCCUGGCUUGCCCAUUCAGAAGCUCCAGGACAUCCAAAGAGCCAUGGAACUGCUGUCCUGCCAGGGUCCAGCAAAGAGUAUCGACGAGGCAACCAAGCACAAAUACCAGUUCUGGGACACCCAGCCUGUCCCAAAGUUAAAUGAAGUCGUGACGAGCCACGGUCCAAUUGAAGCUGACAAAGAAAACAUCAGACAGGAGCCAUAUUCUUUACCUCAAGGCUUUAUGUGGGACACUUUGGAUCUUAGUAAUGCAGAUGUAUUGAAAGAGUUGUACACGUUGUUAAAUGAAAACUAUGUGGAGGAUGAUGACAACAUGUUCAGAUUUGAUUAUUCACCAAACUUUCUCAAAUGGGCUCUGCGUCCACCUGGUUGGUUACCGCAGUGGCACUGUGGAGUACGAGUGUCCUCAAAUAAGAAGCUUGUUGGAUUCAUCAGUGCCAUCCCUGCAGACAUACGCGUCUAUGACACGACAAAGAAGAUGGUAGAAAUCAACUUCCUUUGUGUUCAUAAGAAGCUGCGCUCGAAGCGUGUUGCUCCUGUGCUGAUCCGAGAGAUAACACGGAGGGUGAACCUGGAGGGAAUAUUCCAGGCGGUGUAUACAGCCGGAGUUGUGCUCCCUAAACCCGUGUCUACAUGCAGGUACUGGCAUCGUUCGUUGAACCCGAGGAAACUCGUGGAAGUGAAAUUUUCCCAUCUUAGCAGAAACAUGACGUUGCAAAGAACCAUGAAGCUCUACAGGCUACCAGAUAGCACUAAGACUCGAGGCCUGCGGCUGAUGGAGAGACGUGACCUCCACCAGGUCACUGAGCUGUUGCAGAAAUACCUGAGACGUUUCCACCUCGCACCGUCCAUGGGAGAAGAAGAGGUUGCUCACUGGUUCCUACCACAGGAAAACAUAAUUGACACUUACGUUGUAGAGGUCUGUACAUCUACUUCCUGUCCUCAAGCUAACAACUCUUUUUGUUGUUGUUCUUAUAAAAAGACGAGCUUUUCUCUCUUUCAGACUGCAGGUGGCGUACUGACAGACUUCACUAGUUUCUACACUUUACCCUCAACUGUGAUGCACCACCCUCUACAUAGGAGCCUGAAGGCAGCUUACUCAUUCUACAGUGUUCAUACUGUAACGCCACUACUGGACUUAAUGAAUGAUGCACUGAUCCUGGCAAAAAUGAAAGGUUUUGAUGUUUUCAAUGCCUUGGAUCUGAUGGAGAAUAAGGUGUUUCUGGAGAAGCUGAAGUUCGGCAUAGGAGAUGGAAAUCUGCAGUAUUACCUCUACAAUUGGAAAUGUCCCCCUAUGGAUCCUGAUAAGGUCGGUCUCGUCCUUCAGUAGCGGCUCGUUUCACUGCUGCUCCACAAACAAGCGUCGUUACCUUCGGCUUCUGGAUUCUCCUCACUUGGACCUGCGGGUCGCCCGAGCUCAACAGUGACAUCUUCCACAAGUCACCCAACCUCGUGACCGGGCGGUGGUCUCAUUAAGAACUCCUGCAGUCCACCGGGAGGUGAAAACUCUUCAGUCAUCAUCCUGAAUGUGAAGUCAUGCUAUGCCUGAGAUAUCCUUACAGUUACAGUGCUGUUGACAUGCGCUCCCGCUCCUAAAACACGACGCUCGGACGUUCCAGAGGAUGCCUUGGCAUUGUGAAUUUUGCUUCUAUUUCUUCAUUCUCUACAGACAUUGUCAGCAGGGGGCUGGUAUGACAUACCUGUUCAUAUAGCUACAGUAUGUAAGUGAUGAUCAACGAGGCAGUUACCUUUUAACAUGUUUAUUCUCUCCAGUCUGCCAUCGUGCCGCUGCACCAUUUAUUGUUUCCCUCUGUUUUCAUACCACUGUGGUCAGUCAUGUGGCUGUUUUAGGCCUAUGUAGGAUUAGAAACUGUAAAAAAGUGUUUCAGACUCCUACCGAAACACUUUUUCUUCAGUAAAUAUAUGUAACAAAGGAAAUCUCGUACAAGACAACACAAGAACUGUAACAUGUAGUUUACAUUGAAAACAAAACCACAUUUAUUCCUGUAGUUUGAGUUGCAGGUUUGUGAGGGCUGAUCUAAAACCUUCUUCUUCUUCUUCUUAAGUUGUGUAGAAGUCGGUGGCUUUUUAAUGACGAAUGUACAGCAUUGAUGAAGCACAAUUUUACAAACAAAUCAAAUGGUUUGCUUAUUAAGAUCUUAAACGUUUGGUAUUGACAAAUGGUGGGAACUGUUUUACGUUAUAAGGCUGACGUUUUGUAAUUUAACAUUAAACCCAUAUAUGUGGUAGCAUUUACUGUUGCACUCCAUCAUUGUUGUUUUUGGUACACUUUCCAGUUAGCGGCAGCUCUAAGAGGCAAUAUAUUUCAUUUUCAUUGGGAUUUUUGUACAAAUUAAACUGAAAAAUGGCUUAUUGGCUUCAAAAUGGAAUAGUCAAGCAACCACGGUCUCAUGUUUUUAGUUUAGCCAUUGCCACUUGCAAAAAAACUCAGCAGAGAAAUUCUCUGGUGCAGAUAAGCUACUAUAAAGUGGCCAAUGGUUCAGAAGUGCAAUAGAUAUCCAUAUGUCAAAACAUUUAAAGCCAACCACUGGAUGAUCUGAACCUGGGUUAUAAAUUCAAACUUUAAUUAAUCAAGAAGUCGGAGGAAACAUUUAAUACAUUUCUGUAAGUUCAUCACACAUUUUUCUUGGUUUUCUGAAAUCCUUUUUCUUUUCUUUCAGACAUUAAAAUAUGUAGUGGGUCAUUUUGUUUUAGUGUGAUGUGCAGCUAAAUGUAUAGAAGUUGUGAUAUUUGUUAAUGUAAAACAUCAACUUCAACUCUCCCUUUACUACUUUUUUGAGGGCAUUUAGCAGUUCUGUGUGCUUCAAUGAGCAAAGGUUUUGACCGACCACUUGUUCUAAGCUGGAGUCUCUGUUUUUGUUUUACAUUCUUUUUGGUGGUUUAAUGUUUGUGAUUCUGCAAAAUGCAAGACAAACAGGCAGCAUCUGCUAUUUUUUUGUUUGUUUUAAUUACUAUUCUGUUUUUAAUUGCUCAUUUUGUAUUUGUUUUUCUCACAUUCCAUAAAGAUCGGCCAGAACAAAAAGCAUUGGUCAGUAAAAGCUCUGAGUCCAACUCACAAGGAGAUGCUACAGUCAUUAAUUUAACUCUGAAAACCAGUUUCUGCAUUGACAGCGUGCCUCGUGUUGCCUGCAGCGGCUCAGAUCAACUGUCUGUCGGUUCUGCUCCCAUGUUGACUCCAGCAUUGAUGGUUUACAGCCACAAACUUCAGUGGCUGAGACAACCGCCUUGUUUUUUGUUUUGUUUUUUUUUCUUUAGGAGAUCUGCAAGGUCGGGCGAUGAGUGUAUGUCUGAAUUAACAUCCAGUCAAACUGAAGAACAAUGUUUUUAAUUUAGAGCCAUUGUAAACUGUGAAACAGCUGAAGAACCUGUACCAGCAUCAUUUAGGCAUAAACCCAGUGCGAAUACCAGUCUGUUACAACACAUCAGCUAUACCAGCAUGGAUAUUUGAUUGAAUAAACUCUUAAAUUUGAAAAAGGAA